UGCAUGCUGGGUACAGCUGUUUUCUUUGGUACUUCACCAUGUGAUUGUGUAGUAUUCGGAAAGUACAGUCGGCUAAUGCAGUAUCAACAAUUAAUACUAUAUUGGCUUACUAGUAGCAGCUUACUCCCAGUUAACUGUCAAGAAAUUUGGUCACCUGAAAAUACAUCGAUUGGGGAUAUGCAUCUUAUUUCUGAUAGCUGACUAUCUUUAUUCUCAUUUUAUUUUUACUUCACUUACAUCAUAUGUUCAGUAUGUUUUGUUCAAAAUUCCACUAAAUCUGAAGCUCGCUGAUUAAAUAUUACUCUUUUUAUAAAGUGUAUCGUCUAUGUUCUUUAAUGUAUGAAGAAUUCUGCAGUAUUCUGCGCGACAGUUGAGAAACGGUGGGAGAGUUAGUAUUGUUGUUAUUUGAUCUCAGGUGAGUUAUGGUCAAGAGGAUAUAUAAUCAGACGUAUUCUAUCCAGAACAACCUCGUCUUUUUGCCUAUGUAGGAGCACAUUGUUAAAUGUGUUUUGUAUUUAACAUAAGAUGUGAUUUGAGGAAAUUUAGCUGCUGUUUCGAGCAGUUUGAGCGACUACGUUAGCGGCUCAUCUGGUGGCGUCAGAAUGAAGUGCUGGAAGUUAACCUCGUGUAGUUGGAAGAAAGUGGAUCGAUAAGACAUCGGAAUAAUCCUGUCAGUCAGAAGCGGUUUAAUUCUCUUUCUCUCUGCCGUUGUUGUAUAUUCCUGCUACUGUUCAUGGUUAGUUUUUCUUUUUGCCCUCGUUCCGUUCGCCAUUCAUAACUGCAAAAUGGCGCCCAUGGUUGAGUUAGCUAUGAAUGGGUGGGUGCUGUUGGUGGUCAUCUUAGCUACCUAUUGCCUCUAUCGACACCUACAGAAGACAUGGCGUGUGCGAGAGAAACACAACUGCUCUUCGUUGCAAUGUAAUUGUAAAUUGUCGGUGUUACGAGCUGCUAGAAGGCAACUAACCCUUCACAUUCUCAAGCAGGGUAACAAUGGUUUGAGCCGAAUACAAAAUAGUCUGAGUACACAGUUCCAUUAUUUGGCUCCUGGUCAAGUUCAUAUAUCGAACAAAUAUGUUCGCAACCCCACAGUUUUUCGUUUAGAAAAAAUACAAUCCCGUCCUUGGUGGUAUGGAGACCAGACUGCUGCAACGGAGGAUUGUAACCAUUUGAAAUCAUUCCAAAACGACUUGAAAAUCCUAAGUCAGAACUUUGAAGAAAUUUCAGAAGAAUUCUUUCAGGUUUGGCCGGAUGAUAGCAAAGUCCCAGGACGGUGGAAAGUGAAUAAUACAGAUGAAGGUCGCUGGUGUGUAUUUCAUUUUUUGGAUCAGGGACAGUGGAUAAUAAAAAACACUGCUUUCUGCCCUCGAACAACUACUAUUCUCAAAUCGCUACCCAACCUGAUGGCUGAUACUAUGUUCGGCCAUAUCUCUUUCUCGAUUAUGUACCCUGGUACUAAAACUUCUGAACGUUUUGGUGUUACGAACACAAAGAUCCGAUGUCACAUGGGUAUUGUCGUGCCUAAUAAUUGCAGUUUAACUGUAUCUAAAGAAACACACAGCUGGAAGACUGGUCACUGCCUUUUGUUUGAUGACUCCUACCUACACACUGCUGCUCACUAUGGACACAAAGAGGAUAACAUCCGGGCAGUGCUCAUGUUGGACUUUUGGCAUCCAGAUAUUACAAGUGAAGAGAGAACAGCUAUGAAAUACAUCUUUCCUUCAGUUAAUCAAUAACUUUCAGAUGACCUUUAAAACAAUCUUCUAACUAUUAUACUAGGUUCAUUUAGUUGUAUUGUCUACUCAAACCAUAGAUUUAAAAGUAUGGCACAGUCGUUUUCCAAAUAUCCUCUGUUAGAGGUAUCUUCACAAAUCUUUAGGCUUUAUCAUUCUUACAAGCAUCAGUUUUGUUUUAUUUUCUCUGAUUUUCUUCCUUUAAAUUCUUCUCUUCAUUACUCCUGACAUUACAUGAUGUCUAUGAAUAUUAAAUAUUAUUUAAUAACCAGGUAAGUUGUAUAAAUGUCUUAAUGAUUUCAUCUAUUGAUGCAAGGCAUGUAUUUAAGAAUAUGACAUGUAGGAGACUAAAUUACCCUUAGUAUAGUGAUGUAAGAUGGCUACAUCCAGGAAUUAAAACUACCUGACAACUUUAAGGCAACAAAACCUACUACCAGUGCUUAGAACAAAGUCGUGUUACACAGAAAAUUGUAAAGUGUAGGGAAUUACUUUAUGUCUGAAACUGUUGACCCUUUAAAUAUAUAAUGUUACUUAAUGACCUAGUUUAUUCUUUAAUCCAAGUAACUGUGUUGGAUUAAUUUACAGACUUAAUUGAGAUCUUAAUCCAGUUAACUUUUGCAUUAGAGACACAGUAGGAGUAAUUAUACAGUCUUAAUUAGUAACUUAUUUGAAAUUUUAAUCAAGAUGAUGAUAUAAGGAUAAUUAAGAAAUUAAAAUUAUGGUGAUAAUUAGGGACUUAAUAAAGACUUUAAUCCAAGUAACUAUAAUUUCUAAUUUGUGUCUUAACUAAGUGACCUAGUCUAGAUAACUAUUAAGUACUUUGGUUGAGAUUACUAUUGCCUUUGUCCAAAUAACUAUUAAGUACUUUGGUUGAGAUUAAAGUCCAUUUAUUUAGUAUUGAGAUUUUACUCUGAUAGCUAAAAUGUUCUAAUUAUUAUCUGAAUUAUGAUCUGAGUUCAGUUGCAUAUAUAGAUUAUUAAUUACUAAGGUGAGAUUUUAAUCUAAUUGAUUAAGUUGUUUGGUAUCAACAGUAAUUUGUGUUGUGUUUAUUGAUGACUUAAAUUUUGUAACUGAUCAUGUGUGUUGCCUGCUUCUGUCAAGACACUGAAGUCAAGAGAUAACAUCUUGAUCAAAUUUUGCUCUGGGAAUUGGUGGUGAUUAAUUUGGAAUCCUCUUUUUAGUACCAGUCAAAUAUGAAACAAUGGCUACAACACAGGGUAUUGAUCUUCUGAUCACAAAGCCAUAAUUUCAAUCUAAGAACAACAAUUGUUUAGUACAACCCCAGCAAAAGACUCUUGAACUAUGGUUUUUAUUUUUAUUUUCCUGAAUGUACAAACAAUAGAUUUUGUUCAGACUUCAUGCUUGAGCAAAAAGAAGGUCAUGUGGCUGUAAAAGACAAUUGCUCUAACAGUCAAACCAUUCCACCUAUGCUGGCAUGGGCCUUAAAAAUGAAUGUAAAAGAGUUUGAUUUUUUUUUUUUAAUAAAAAAUGUAUCAAUUAACCUUCU